GAAGUUAUUUUCAUCGUUUUGGCUGGGGAAAGCUAGACGCAGUUCGAUCGGAUAGAUGUGAUAGAAUGGAAAUGGUUUUGCGGCGGCAUUUGAAUACGAUUGCCAACACUAUUUCUCAGGCAAGACUAGUUCAUAGAAUAGCUAUCUCAUACUUUCUGGGGGUGCACAGUAUUUGCCGUGUAAUAAACCGAACAGAUUUGUCUGUUAAUAUUCCACUAAAUGAUCUUCCUUUAGUCAUCAUUCAUCCGCAAGUUGGAAUGUUUCAAGCUAUAAAUUUGGGAUGUUCUGCAUUCAUAAUUGACGAGAACAUUGUUCUUUGGUUCUUGAAUGAAUUUAUCCCGGCGCAUGAUAUGGCUGACUACCGUAUAGCCACGAAGUAUUUUAUAGUGAUGAUUCACUCAUCAAAUGAUGAUCAGAAGACCACUUUAGAAAACAUACAGAGCCAUCCCGUUCUUGAGGAAAUUUCGAAUUUGCUUCUUGUUGUCCAGAAGAACGCCACUUUCGAACUUCUUACCCAUAGAUAUGUGGGGAGCAGACCGACAUCCUUGGAGUACCAGCUGCUGGAUAGAUACGACGGAGAUAAUGAAUCGUUCAUCUACGGAAGAGAUCUUUUUCUGGACAAGGGUACAAAUUUACUAGGUAAAACUUUUCGGGUGGCCUGCUUCCAUUUAGUUCCAUGGAUUAUAAUGCGUCAAGGAAAUAAUGGAGUUUUCAAAUAUCUAAAUCAAGCAUACACUGUUGAUGGCUUGGAUGGGUAUCUGUUGACUCAGUUUUGUCUGCGAUACAACUGUACCUGGGAACUGCAUGUAGAUCAAAAGAAUCAGUACGGCAAUGUGUUCGACAACGGCACAGGCAAUGGAAUGUUUGGAGCUUUGUUGGAUCGUAAGGUAGACUUCGCAAUGGGAGCCGUGGGUGGCUAUUAUGGUACUUUUAAAUACUUCAGCUUGAGUGAUGUAAUUCAGUGGAUUGGCGUUACUUGUCUUGUGCCAAAACCUGGGCUGGUGCCAAACUGGCAGUUAAUUUACAUCAUUUUCUCCACAUCAGUAUGGAUUACGCUCGGAGCUAUCUUUAUUACUGUAUCAAUUUGCUUACAUAUCUUCAAGUCGACUACAAUCCCUCGGACGAAUCAAGGAUUCUCAUGGAUAUUACUCAAAGUGCUCAGAACAUUCGUUCUGACUUCGGCAGACAUUCCCACAAAUACUGCUGCGGAAGUAACUACGGUCACAGCGCUUCUCAUGUUCACCAUCAUCAUUGGAAACGUCUACAUCGGUAAAAUUCAUAGCAUUUUGGCGAUACCACCGUAUGAAGCUCCGAUAGCAACAGUGCUAGAUCUUGCCAAAGCUGGGAUCCAAGUGAAUGCUCCUCAUGCAGCUUGGAUGUACGCGUUGGAUUUAUCAGAAAACGAAAAAGAUAAGACCAUUCUGAAAAAUUUUCACGUACCGACUAUCGAAAGGUUUACCGAUAUUACCGACGGAGGUCAGGAAGCAACGAUGGUUGGGUUGCUCGAAAAUGGUCAUAUAAUGGUCGGCAAUUGGAUCAACGCACGCAAUGUGGAGCUGUAUCGUAUCAUGAGCGAACCGUUGUACUUCGAAUACGAGGCAGGUUACGCCACGAAAACGUGGCCUCUUUUGGAUCAUUUCAACUACUUGGCCGCACAGAUCAGAGAUGCAUGCUUGCUGCGUUACAUCGAGUUGUUGGAGGUCGAUCGUUACAUGGAUCAUUUCGUACAGGUAUCGAUUGAACACUCCUGGGAUAGGCCGCAUAGUGCGUUGAAAGAUAUGAAUGUAGAGGAAAUCUCCGGAGCGCUGAUGCUUCUUGGAAUGGGAUGUGCGGUUUCAUUAGUGAUUUUCAUAUUGGAGUUGGUGUACCACAGGUAUAGCUACUGUUUGCAACAAUCUAGACUUCGUAAGUAGAG